AUCAAAAAAAAAAUAAUAAUUUUUUCUGGUGAAAGCAUACAAAAGUUUCUGUCUUCGCCACAACAACACAGCCCUCAAGGCUUCUCCUUUUUGUAGUCUUCUGCUUCAUAUCUUUGUGUUCUGUCGUAAAAAGUCUCCAUUCAUUUCUAACCAUUCAUAUUAACUCUUUGUAAUCUACUUCCUCUGUUUUCUUGAAGUUUCCUAUACAUAUGCUCUGUUUUCAUUGAACUCCUCCAUUGGUUUUGGUUUACAAGAGAACCGGGUUCAUUAUCUAAACCGGGGCAAGGGACAUGCCACCACCGCCGAUAUUUCCUCUCCGUUGGGAGAGCACAGGAGACCAGUGGUGGUACGCUUCCCCAAUCGACUGCGCCGCGGCUAACGGUCUAUACGACGUCGUAAUCGAGCUGCUUCACCACGACACGAACCUUCUCGUCAAACUCACCUCCCUCCGCCGCAUCCGCCGCCUCGAAACCGUCUGGGACGACGACGGAGGAGACGGAGAUAUCUCCUCCCAGGUGGCGCUGAACCGCUCCCGCGUCGCGAGGAGGCUGUUGGAAGAGUGCGAGAUCGGAGGAAACGGAGAUAACUCCCUCAUCAGAGCUGGAUACGGAGGCUGGCUGCUCUACACCGCCGCCUCCGCCGGAGAUUUGGGGUUCGUCAAGAAGCUUCUCGAGAGAGAUCCGCUUCUCGUGUUCGGGGAAGGAGAGUACGGCGUGACGGAUAUUCUCUACGCGGCGGCGAGAGGUAGAAACGGCGACGUUUUUCGUCUCGUGCUGGACUUCGCUUUGCUGCCGGCAGAUAUCGCCGGCGUCGAGGAAACGGACGGCGGGAAACUGACGGAGAGGCAGUUAAUAGUAAAGGAAGAGAUGGUUAAAAGAGGGGUCCACAGUGCUGCGAGAGGCGGACACGUGGCGAUCUUGGAAGAAUUCUUACUAUCUGGUAAAUACGACGCCGUUUCGGGGCUCAGAGAUGCUCAUGGCUCUACUCUCUUGCACUCUGCUUCUUGCAGAGGUCAGAUCAAAGUGGUGAAUUAUCUUAUAACGAAGUAUGAUUCGAUCAUGGAGGUUAAAGACAGCCAUGGAAACACAGCUUUACACAUAGCUGCUUACAAGGGUCACUUGGCUGUAAUGGAGGCUCUUAUAACCGAAUCUCCACCGUUGAUCUCAGCUGUUAACAACGAAGGCGACACGUGCCUACACAUGGUGGUGUCUGGUUUCGCAGCGUCCGGGUUUAAGCGGUUAGACAGACAAAUGGAGCUUCUGAAGAAGUUAAUCUCAGGAGGAGGAAGCUGCUCCGUUGACUUUUCUGAGAUUGUCAACGUUAGAAACGCUAACGGAAGAACUGUGGUUCAUUUAGCCGUGAUGGACGUUCUGAACACCGUUAGACAUGACGUCGUUGAGAUUCUGCUGAGAGUCCCCGGGGUUGAUCUCAACGUUGCUGAUGUAGAUGGGAUGACUCCCGUUGAUUUGCUUGAACGCCAAACGCCGAGAACGUUGGUUUCUGAUUUAUUGAUCAAACGGCUUAGAUCCGCGGGCGGGAGAUCAAACGGCGGUUGUGAGAAGGUUAUACCGUUUCGAGAAGAGCGUUACGGAUUCUGCGGCAGUCCAGGAACUGCGUUUGAGAUAUCUGACUCCGAGAUUUUUCUGUUCACUGCGGCGAGAACGGAUCAUCAUACCGCUUCAAACGCUGAAAUGAGUCCAGACAGAGAGAGUUUAGACGGGAUCAGCGAGUGUUCCACCGAAAUGACAACGCAUUCGAAACGCAAACGCAGUACAGGAGCGCGUCUCAAGCUUCUGUUGCGGUGGGCUAAGAAGGAAGAAACAGAGGAGAAUCGACGUUUCUCCGGAGAUGAUAACAACAACCGUCGUGUGCUGCCUCUCAGAGAGAUGUACUCGAGAUCAAGGUCGCCGUCUGAGGUUGGAAACAGAGGAAGAGCGUUUCCGAUGAGAACAGAGAGCGGUGAUCUCCCGAGCUUAUCGGUGAGGUUGAAGUUCACGGAAGGGUUAAUGAAAGGAGUCGUGGUUCAGGAGUCUCCGAGGUUUGUGUUUUCUCCUCCGGUGGUUUCUGAUUACUCUGGAGCUCCGUCGUCGGCUUGUACGUCGCCGUUUCAGACGGUUUCUUCUGAGUUGGAGAGGAAGACACCUGCCGUGAAGAAACAGAGAUCUUUUGUGAACAGGUACUUGUGUUUCAGCGGUGCAGGGUUAGCCAUUGACGGUUCUUCUGAGAUGAGUAAUGGCUCUGGUACUCGUCUUGGUCCCAGGAGUUUCAAAAGAGUCAUGUCUUUGGUUUCUUAGAUACAUACUUUCCUUUCUUGUGUCACACGUUACCUAAUGCUCAUGUAUUUCUAUAAGUAAAGAACUGAAUACAAACAUAGUAUUGUUUUUAAUGUAAAA